AUGGAUGAGGAAGAGCUGAAGGCUGAGCAGCGAGUGCUGUUGGAUGUGCUGACAGCGUACUACCACUAUGAGGACUUUGCGCGCAGAGACAUCGUGCUGAGCAAGAGAGCCAAAUACGAGUCGCUCACUUUCGAAGAGCAGCAGUUGCUGCCCUGGUUUCACGACUACCUUGCGAACCUGGAGAUGUGUGUUCGAAUGAAUGGUGAGUUCAUGCGCCAGGUUGCCGUCACCGUGGCUCCUUCAUGGGGCAUUGUGUCUAGUCCCGAUACGUGGGGCAGCGCUCAGUAUCAAGACUAUGAUAAGGUGCGCUAUGUCAUGAAGCAGAUCGUGAGGGAGUGGUCCAGCGAAGGCUGUGAGGAGAGGUGUACUGGGCUAGAGAGAAUAAUGGGUGUUCUGGGUCGAGAGUUCCCUGAUUUCGAGCAGAGGUCAAAGGCACGGGUUCUCGUGCCAGGAGCCGGGCUUGGUAGGCUCAACCAUGAGCUUGUGAAGAUGGGCUUCUGGUGCCAGGGAAAUGAGUUCAGCUACCAUAUGCUUCUGGCGUCCAACUACAUCUUGAACUGCACGCGUAUGGCGAAUGAACACUCGAUCUUCCCCUUCAUUCAUUCGACUUCUAACCAAUACUCAAGGAGUUUACAGACGAGGCCCAUCUUCUUCCCAGACGCACACCCUCUCACAGAGCUGCAAAUGAUACAGAAAGACCAUCCAACUACCGACUUUGCAGACCUCAUGUCCAUUGCCUCAGGCUCGUUCACUGAUCUGUACGGCCCAGAAGAUCUCUCGGAGUCGCAGACGUACUCCAAGGAGAAGUUUGCCAUGGAGUUCCGCCAGGAGAAUGCGAACUCCUUUGAUUGUGUCGUUACACAUUUCUUCAUUGAUACGUCCUCUAAUGUCAUUGAAUACUUGAAGACGUUGAACCAUUGUCUCAAGCCAGGUGCGCUCUGGAUCAAUUAUGGCCCAUUGCUGUGGCAUUAUGAGGACGAUGGCGCAGUGUAUGAGAUCAAGCAUCCAGAUCAGACUGUUCACAAUGCCCCUGUGAGGGGGUUGGAGCUGUCUGCAGAGGACUUGCUAUCGCUCUCGUCCAACUGGUUCGAAUUGAUACACCGGGAAAGUGGCAUUGAAAGUGGGUACUCCUCCGACGUAAGAGCAAUGGGAGGUUAUAAGUAUAGAUGUGAAUUCUGGGUACUAAAGAAGAAAUUACAAUCCUGA